AACCAGAUAGUGUAGCCAUUAACUAGAAAUUAUAAACGAAUAAGAAAAUGUUAACUAAUACUUCUGUUGCUGGGUCUCCAUCUCCAUCCCUUUCCCUAUUUUUCUUCAACCUUGAUUACUGGGUUUUUGUACCCUAAACCGAAAACACACUGCUUUCUCUUCAUAUUGCUUCUUUCUCAAAUUCACUGACAAAUCCUUAAAGCCCCUAAAUUCUCUCUUCAUUUGGGUCCUCCAGCCAACCCAUUGGCCGGUUCUCUACCCUUCUUCGCUGUCAGGAUCUUGUUGAGGUUUUGAGAAGGUCUUCGAAUUCCAGACUUACAAUGGUUCAUUUAUUUUUGACGGAACCCAAUUGGAAUGAUCUUGGUGCUUAUGAUUCUGCCAAGCUCAGAAUAUCUCUCUUAAGUAAGUUGGAGUCUGUGGUUCAGUCCUUCUUGAUGUCUAAAGGUCGAUCGGAGGCUCGGCUAUGGCUUUGUAAGACAAUUUCUGGUAUAAGUACCAUUGCCCGCUGCCAUCAAUGUGAGAUAUUUAUGGACUUAUUGAGGUCUAAGCCGAUAAAGUACAGUUUAGCAUCUCAGCUCCUUGAAAUGAUAUUUGACAAGAUGCCUCAAAAAGCAGGGUCUCUCAUAUCCAAGAAAAGUUACAUACUUAAGAAAUUCUUUGAAGGCCAUCCGACACGUAUAUCCAAGUGGUUCUCUAAUUUUGGUGCAAGUGGUGGUGGAAUAGAGCAUGGAAAAGGUGCUAAGGCAUUAUCCCAGUUUGCUUUCAUAAAUCGAGAUAUAUGUUGGGAGGAACUUGAGUGGAAGGGAAAACAUGGGCAAUCACCAGCAGUGGUUGCGACAAAGCCCCACUACUUUCUUGAUUUGGAUGUUCAAAGAACUGUGGAGAAUUUUCUUGAAAAUGUUCCUGAAUUUUGGUCAUCCAGUGAGUUUGCUGAGUCGCUAAAAGAUGGUGAAAUUUUGUUCAUUGAUAGAAACUUUUUCCGAGAUUAUUUUAUUGAUAUGAUGUAUAAGGAAAAGUCAAGGGAUGUAUGGGAUGCCAUCACUGAGGUCCUAAUCGAGGAAUCUUUCUCUUACCUGUGUCAGUACCUUCUUAUAACUCUUGAAGAGCAGGACUUGUAUAAAUUUCUGGAACUGCUUCGAAGAUAUCUUCACCCUAGAAUGGAACAUAAGGAUUUUGGUAACUCGUCAUUAAUGUUUGAGAUAAUACUUUCCAAGUGCAGUGAUUUUAGAUCUUUUGAUCAGAUAUUAUUGUUAAAUGCGCUUUUGACAAAAAGACGCGAGCUUCUGCGCUUUUUAUGUGAUGAAGGUGGUGAGGAGGCAGAAGCAGAAACCAAAGACAUUGUGUCCCAAAUUUGUGCUAUCCCUGAUCAUGGCAAUAGCUUGGCAGCAGUCAUCAAAGGGUGCUUCAAACUGAAUACGGUAGAAGCAUUGAAAUGGCUGGUGCUUCAGUCAUGGGCCUUUUAUUGCAGGCUUUUAGAGGAAUGCCAGACAGUUGAGUCUUGGGAGUCAUUUUUCUUGAAAAAUGCAAUAAGUUUCCGUAGAUUGAAUUCAUAUGCUUUACUAAAUGAUGAUGGAUUAUCUGAAGAAAGUGCCUCUGACUUGGACCAUGGAGUGUCAAAAAAAUCCAAGCACAGGAGAAAAAGUAGGAAGAGAAAGAGGAGGAAACUUGACCGUGACAAUAAAUAUGACUAUGAGUUUCUUGAUUUCAAUACUACGAAGGAUGGGUUGGACCUACAAUCAAAUAGUGGAACUUUUUUUCUGUCAACUGAUGAGUAUUCGACAUCGUGGAGCAUCGUUGAUCUACCAGAACAUCUUUCUCAGCAUUGUUUGUCAACAUGGAUGAGGUGGAUUUUAGUGAAAGUGGGUUGAGUGGCUUGAUUGGGCAAGUAUGGAGUUUUACACUUAUGCACUUCCUGCUGUACCUGGACCUCACAUUCUUUUGAAUCCUGGUGCUAAUUCUUGCUAAUUUGCUUGUGUCAAGGAUUAAAAGGUAGAACUCUGAACAGCCUUUUAUGUUUGGGAGAGUUUUUGUACCGUAUUACAUAAUACAAUAUCUAAUUUUGAUAUCCGGACUAUAUUAUAUAACUAGAAAACAUAACCGCACUUCGCGGUUCGCGCAGUCUUUUGUAAUUAUUAAAAAAUAUACAUAUUUUAAAAUACUUUUAGGAGAUUGCUACAACAUGGAUUAUUUUUCACCCUA